UUAUCUGAACUCUCAUUUCCCCUCAACAUGUCCUACAACUGCUGCUCUAGAAACUUCUCCUCCCACUGUCUUGGGGGCUAUCUUUGCUCCCCAGGCUCCUCCUGUGGCUCUUCCUACCCCAGCAACCUGGUCUACAGCACUAGCCUCUGCUCUCCCAGCACCUGCCAGCUGGGCUCCUCUGUCUACCGUGGUGGUCAGGACACCUACUGUGAGCCCACCAGCUGCCAGACGUCCUGUGUGGUGUCCAGCCCUUGCCAGACAUCCUGCUACCGCCCAAGGACCUCCACACUCUGUAGUCCCUGCCGGUCAGCUUACACCACAUCUGUGGGUUCUGGGUCCAGCAGCAGCUGCUCCGUGGGCUACCGAUCCAGAAGUCGCUACUCCCUGGGUUGUGGUUCCAGGAGCUUCCGACCCCUGGAUUAUGGCCUCUGUGGUUUCCCGUCUCUGGGCUAUGGAUUUAGAUUCUGCCGCCCAACUUACUUUGCCUCCAGGAGCUGCCAAUCAUUGUGUUACAGACCAACAUGUGGAUCUGGCUUCUAUUAA